GAUAGCACGAGGGUAUAAAUAGGCAGAAUCCAGCGACAAUCGCCCCAGUUCUGUUUCGAUCUCGGCGUGUUUACAGCAGUGACAGAUCUCCUGAUGCGAUUAGAAAAAGACUCAAACGUGCAGGAAUGCAACAACGAAAGGGAAAUACUGAUCACACUACGAUUGAAGUGACGCACAUUAUUCAGACUUUUUUACCUGAUUUGCCAAGCACUUUUGGUUACAGGCAAAUGUCCUGUUUAUUACGACCAAAGAGAGUCAACGUUCCAAGAUACGAUAAGCUGAAACCCUACGGAUUUCCUAUACAUGGAUGUAUUGAUGGGUUUUCCAGAAAAAUAAUCUGGCUGAAGAUUGGUCCAACUAACAAUGACCCGGUGGUUGUUGCAUUUAAUUUUGCACAAUGCGUUGACGAAUUGAAAGGUUGUCCUAUGGUUCUUCAGUCUGACCCUGGAACAGAAAAUUGCGUUAUGGGUUCUCUUCAGUACCUGUUCAGACAUAUUUCACACGAUACAUUUUCCAGAAUACGCAGUUACCGUGUCGUACGAUCAAUCUUCAAUCAGGUACUGCAUAAGGUAUUGUUUGAUGCCAGUCCUACAGUUGGACUUAGAUCGCUUAAUGGAUCGAUGGAAUAACCACUAUAUUGCGCACAGCAGGCAAGCAGCUUGCCCAGGUGGGAGACCAACAGUUCUGUAUAGGCUUCCUGAGGUA